AUGGUGGAGUUUGGAGAGAUUCUGAGAACUAUCGGAGACUUUGGUCUCUUCCAGAAGCUUAUAAUUUUUGGGUUAGCCUUCCCAAAUUUCGUACUGCCCAUUUUCUUCAGUAGUGUUCUUUUUAUCGAGUCAGAUCCAGAGCGACACUGUAACACAGACUGGAUCCUCAGAGCUGAUCCUAACCUGACCGCAGGUGAGCAGCUGAACCUGACUCUGCCCCGGGAGGAGGACGGGACCUUCAGCAGGUGUCAGAUGUUUGUCCCUGUGGACUGGGACAUUGGUGCCAUCAGGGAGCAUGGACUCAAUGAGACCACAGGGUGCCAGCAUGGAUGGGUGUACUACAACAUGCUGUAUGAAGCCACCAUCGUCACUGAUUUUGAUCUUGUCUGUGACAAAUCGAACAUUGUGGAACUUGUGCAAACAGUCUUCCUGACUGGUUCAUUAGCUGGUUCACUCAUCUUUGGACCCAUGGCUGAAACGUUUGGCCGAAGGAGACCCACCCAGCUACCAGUUGUCCUCUUGCUAGUAUUUGUCAUAGCUGCUGGUGCGUCUCCAAACAUCUAUAUUUACAUGGUGACGCAGAUCAUAAUUGGAGCUGCCUUCGGAGGAUACAGAAUUAACUCCAUUGUUUUAGCGACCGAGUGGAUUGGGGUCACCAAAAGGUCCUUAACCUCCUGUUUGAGCCAAGUGUUUGCAGCUCUUGGACAGUGUGCCAUGGCUGGUCUGGUCUAUGCUAUCCGUGACUGGAGAAUAGCACAGUAUGCCAUAGCAGGAACACAGGCCUUUAUAUUCUUGUACAUAUGGUGGAUCCCUGAAUCUGCACGGUGGUUGCUUGGACAGGGAAGAACCAAAGAAGCGAUUAAAUUAAUACAUCAAGUUGCUGCCAUCAAUAAAAAGAAUAUCCCAGAGAAUCUGCUAGAGGAGGUAACUGGGGAUCAGGAAGUCCAAAGUGGAGGAAUCAAAGCAAUUUUUACCUCAAGAGUCCUGAUGAAACGUUUCGUCCUUGUAUCUUUUGCCUGGUUUUCAAUAAAUCUAGGCUACUUCUGCCUUAUUCUGAACGUGGGUAAGUAUGGUCUGAACAUCUUCCUGGUUCAGUUCCUGUUUGGGGUCAGUGAGAUACCAGCACAUCUGCUCUGCAUCUGGUUUCUGGAGUUGGUUGGCAGAAAAAAAUCCUUGAUAUCGACCCUACUGACAGGGGGUGUUGUUUGCCUCUUAACCCUGGCUUUCCCUCAAGACAGCGCUGUUGCUAUCACAGCCCUUGUAACCACUGGAAAAUUCUUCUUGAACUGGGCUGGGUCAGUAUGUAUGGUCUACAUUCAGGAGCUGUUUCCUACCUCUGUUAGGCAAACAGCUGUUGGCUUGGGCUCCAUAGCCUUUAGAGUUGCAGGCUUGCUGUCUCCAUUACUAAAUAUGUUGGCCAUACACCACUGGUCCAUACCCAUCAUAGUCUUCAGCAUCUUAGUAUUGAUCAGCGGAGCUCUUGUCUUCCUCCUUCCUGAGACCAGCAGAAAGGAGCUCCCAGAUUCAACAGCCGAGGCCGAGGCCAACAGUAAUAUGAACACCACGAAGACAGGAAGUGAUUCUGACAUGGCUGAACACAACAGCAGCAAAUCCACCAAACUCUAGUCAGAAAACUGUGUUUUUACACGCCUUUACAACCCAGAUUCCACAAAAGUUGGGACGCUGUGGAAAGCUUAAAACAGAAUGAAUCAUUUACAAACUAACUACAUUUUCAAGACAACAGUUUUACAAAAUGUUCCAGAGAUCAUGUAGUGAUAUUUUAUACCAGGGCUUCUCAAAGUCAGGACCUCAGCCCACAUCUGGACAGAACGGCAACCCGUGGCUCGCGGGUCACAUCAGGCUCGCCAAAGCUUUCCAUACAGCCAGCAGAAUGUUAAUGGCUUCAGAAAUAGCUUAACUCCUGGCAACAAGGCAAAAAGUCCAUAAUUCAUAGUUCACCUGUUCUACAGAAACAGAUGGAGAAGCACUAAGCUUCUCUAUUAGACACAAAAGGCAUCACUUGGGUUUAUUUUUUGUUGUAAACUGUUUUAUUGAGUCAGUAUUUUUUGUCUGCUUCCUGGGAUCCUGAAGAGGAGAUUUUGUCGAGAUCAGGACUCAUUCACUGACUGCCUCCUUGGCAAAGCACUGAAAACAUUAUUCAGCAGCUGGUUAUCAUGGAUUUUCCAGGAUUUUUAGGAGUCUGUUCACACUGAUACAGGCUCAUAAAAAUAACAUUCAUUUUGUAAGAAAGUGAAACGGUUUAUCAAUAUUAGGGGACCCCUGCCAUACCUUACAAUAUGAAUAGGCUACAAUACAUUAUGAAGUCUAAUGUUUUCUGUUUUGAGGAUCAGAGAUUUGUCAAUGAUGUUGAAUGUACAGCAUAGCUGGAGAUCAUUCGCAAAGAUCCCGUCCCUGGAUAAAUGUGGCGGCUCAUUUCCCUAGGGUUGACAUCAUUGUCAUGGCGAUGUUAACUGCGGGAGAGUGUGUGUGUGUGUGUGUGUGUGUGUGUGUGUGUGUGUGUGUGCUGUUGCUGCCGAGUUCAC